CCCGUGGUUACUCACUAGUAUACUCUGGUCUGUCUAGUGCGCUGUAGCUGGUGCGGACUUGUUCUUGCUGCCAGUGGUCUAGUGUAGUGAGCGUUGUAGCGUGCACGCGGGCUGCGUAUACGUAAGAGACAACAUGGCCUCUCCAUUCAGCUUUGACAAUGACGUCUUCUCUAGUUUUGCGUUUUACGGGACGGCCAGCGUUGUUAAGAUGAUGAUGAUGUCCAUUCUUACAUCGAAGCAAAGGAUGAAGAACAAGGCUUGGGUGAACCCGGAAGAUUUUGAAGUGCGAGGGUAUGAAGUUAAGCCGACAACAUCGGAUCUGGAUGUAGAGAGAGUGCGAAGGAACCAUCAGAACGACAUUGAGAACAUCAUUCCGUUCGCGAUCAUCGGCCUUCUCUACGUCGCUACGGGCCCCUGCGAAACCGCCGCCAAGUGGCACUUCCGCGUGUUCGCUGCGGCGCGCCUCGCACACACGAUCGCCUACCAGAGCGGUCGCUCGAGGCCGCGCGGUCUCUGCUUCGCCGUCGGCAACGUGGCGACGCUAUCCAUGGCGGUGCAGGUGCUCAUGCACGCCGCCAAGAGCUGGUAACACCUCACGCACUCGCGCGCGCACAUGCAUGCACACACACACGUGCACAUGUACACACAUGCACACACACGCGCGCA